AUGAAGCGGAUUGGAGAUAAAGAAAUCGACGGUUCUGGGUCUCAAAAUCAACAUCCAGUGGGCUCCCCUCGAAACGAAUUACAAGGGCAAUCUCCAAAACCUGGAAACGGUAACACCAAAGAUGCUUUGACAACCGAUGAUGCUUUGGCCUACUUAAAGGAAAUAAAGGACGUGUUUCAUGAUCAAAAGUACAAAUACCAUCUGUUUCUCGAGAUUAUGAGCGACUUCAAGGCACAAAGGACCGAUACUUCUGUCGUGAUUGCACGAGUCAAAGACCUGUUAAAGGGACAUAACCAUUUAAUUCUCGUAUUUAACAAAUUCUUGCCACAUGGGUUUGAAAUUACUCUUGACGAUGAGGAUGAGGAUUAA